CUACGGGCUGUGAGCCGAAUGUCUAGCAAACAAGUUAUGUUUGCCAAAUCACCAAAGAUCCUAUGCCUUCAUUUAUCCCGAUCUACGUUCCAUCCAUCUGGCGCUGUGUUCAAGAACAGCUGUCGAAUCAUGUUUCCGGAAUUCCUCGACUUGGCACCCUAUAGCACCAAUGGUACUCUCAACACACAGCCACAUGAGCCUAUUUCGGCAGCAGCAGGAACAACGCCACCCUCAGAAGACGAAGAGCAAGAAGAACGAGGAGGCGGUAUGGAAUGCCGGUACAAGUUGAUGGGUACUAUUGUACAUUACGGCAGUCACGAUUUCGGUCAUUUUAUUGCAUACAAACGGCGUCUUGUUGCAGAAACGUGUCAUUGUCGUCAAUGCAAUGAUAGGAACAAUACACUUCAUGGCGACGAGAAUACGUGGUACAGAAUUUCGGACGAACAAGUCGACGUAUGCAGCAUAGAAGAAGUCCUGCAGAGCAAUCCUUAUAUGCUACUGUACGAAUAUGUC